AUGGCAACUGAGCUCACCUGGCGUGCCAAAGGCGAAGCCAAGCGACAAUCCAUCCUGGGCGCCAUUCCCGAGAAGUGGAUCAUCCCCGACAUCCCCUCCCCAGAAGAACAACAAGAUGUUACUGGUGCCUAUAUCCAGCAGUUCCUGAACAGGCGCGAAAUCGAAAUCACAGAAUCAGACGCUGUUGAUAUCGUUGCGGAAACUACUUCUGGAAGUUGGACUGCUCUCGAAGUGGCCGAGGCCUUCUGCCAUCGUGCUGCGUUGGCGCAUCAACUGGUUAGCUGCCUGCAUGAGAUAUUCUUCGAAGCAGCGAUCGAAGAUGCAAAGCGGCUUGAUGCCUACUUCGCUGAGCACAAAGCACCCAUCGGGCCCCUCCAUGGUCUCCCGAUUUCCUUGAAGGACCAAUUCCACGUCAAGGGCGUCGAAACAACCAUGGGCUAUGUAGGUUGGAUAAAUACAUUCCAAGGCCAACCCGAUGAUCCACGUCGAGGAGUGGAAGAAAGCGAACUCGUACGGGAGCUGCGUAAUCUGGGCGCAGUCCUAUACUGCAAGACGAGUGUUCCGGCCACUCUCAUGUCCGGAGAAACAGUCAACAACAUCAUUGGAUAUACCUGGAAUCCCAAAAACCGAAAUCUCUCCAGUGGAGGUAGCUCCGGCGGCGAAGGGGCUCUUAUUGCACUGCGCGGAUCGCCCGCUGGAUUUGGCACUGAUAUCGGAGGUAGCGUGCGCAUCCCUGCUGGUUUCAAUCAUUUAUAUGGACUGCGGCCUUCUGCGGGUAGGAUGCCCUACCAGGGGACUGCGAAUUCCAUGGAUGGACAGAGCAUGAUUAUGUCUGUCAUCGGGCCCUUGGCUCCUACAGCUCGCACCUUGACGCUAUUGUUCAAAAGCGUUCUCGGCCAGCAGCCUUGGAAUCACGAUCCACUGGCCUUGGAGAUUCCAUGGAGAGAAUCCAUUGUCCAGGAGACUCUUUCUUCCAUUGAGCAGUCGAAAACAGGGGCCUCGGGCCUUGCCUUUGCAAUCAUGCCUUUCGAUGGAGUUGGCCGGAUCCAUCCCCCCAUUGCAAGAGGUUUGAAGCUUGUUGCUCAGACUUUAAAGAGACUCGGUCAUAAAGUCAUUGAUUGGAAUCCUCCUUCUCACGUGCCAGCUCAUGCACUAGCGAGCAAGGCAUACCAGUUGGACGGCGGUACAGAUCUGAAUCACCAUUUCGGUCUGUCUGGAGAGGUCCAAGCACCACAGGUUAUUGUCGCGCAAGGCGGUACAGACAUGAUCGCAUCACAGAUUGCCGCGUUGAACGUAUCCAAGCGAGAGUACCAGAAACAGUAUAUGGACUACUGGAACAGUACUGCCGAGCUCACUGGCACUGGACGGCCUGUUGAUGGGUUCAUUUGUCCGCUUGCAUCUCACGCGGCUGUCAUUCCCACACAAUAUGACCAUGUGGGAUACACUACCUUUGUGAAUGUGUUGGACUACACCAGCAUUUCCAUACCGGUAACCUUCGCAGACAAGACGGUGGAUAGACUUCCUGUUGACACACCGCCGUCCGAGGCUGAGCCACACAUAGAUUGGGAUUACGAUGCCGAUUCUUAUGAUGGGGCCCCUGUCGGGGUUCAACUGGUUGGCCGGAGACUUCAAGAGGAGAAGAUGCUAACGCUUGCGCAAUAUAUUGGAGAGGAAAUCGCAAAGGAUCAUGAUGUAGGGCGGACACUGGCAUCAUUGGCGUAG